AUAAAGUACUACUGGGAGCCAUAAAGCAGUGGUAAAGGGUAAGGGUCUAGAAGGCAAAUAUAAGUAGUAGUAGUAGUAGUUAUACAGCACCAAGAAAAUCUUAGAGUUGAAUCCAAAAUGGUGAAUGAUGGUGUCUCAAUUGAGAAGUCCUUCAGAAUAAAGGAGGAUGAUAGGUUCUUCUCAAGGCUAUUGUCGAAGGAAACCUCCAAGGCUAAUUCUUCUUCAAGGGUGUUCUAUUAUGGAGAAACAUCGAUUGCAGUUCCUUUCACAUGGGAGGCACAACCUGGUACACCAAAACACCCUUCUUCUCAGACUUCUCUACCUCCUCUCACACCUCCUCCUUCCUAUUACUCCAAUUCCAAAACCAGCAACAAGAGAAGAAACUCCAAGAUCAACAUAUUUUCAUGCAUUUUCCCAAGGUUUAUGACAGCAGCUUCCAGAAAGCAUCAGGGGUCACCAGCUUCAUCUCGCUCAUCCUCUUCUUCUUCUUCUUCCUCAUCGUCUUCAUGGUCAUUGGUAUACCCAUCAGAUCAAGGAACCCUUUCGUUCCCACGCUCGACCACUACUGUUCGCACUUUUCUCAAACAUAAAGCUUCCAACAGAUUCAGAGGCUGCUAUUCUUUCGGGAACAUAAGGAACGCUGUUGUCAGCCACGGAGCAGCCUAGUCUCUGAAGGUAACAUCGUUAGAACAACAUCGUUUUCUGCUGUGUAUUAGGAAAAUGUAGAUGUUUCGUUGGUGAUCAUGGUGUGAGUUUCAAAUGUGUGGACAUAAUAAUUUCCUAUCUCAUUAUUUUAGUUGAGAUUGUAUAUUAAA